AUGGCCCCCAGGAAGCUGACCGAAGAACAACGAGAGCGUAAACGUGAAAGGGCCCGGCAGCUGUAUCGGGAGAAACGAGACAAAAAGUUUGAUUAUUUUGAUGGAAGAGUAGUAAACAUAUAUGCAGAACACAGACGCCGGGUGCUCAUGCAAAUUAAUGACAGAUUUCGUUUAAGGGCUAUUCAUGACCCCCUUAACAAUAUGAGUAUUCCUGAAUUCAUUCGAAAUUACCGCAUGCCUCAGGACGAUGUGGUCCAUCUUCUGAAUAUAAUUCAUCCAUAUGUGCAACGAAGGACUAGCCCCAACCAGAUUCCACUCAUUACAAAGUUGUUGGUAACUCUCUCGCUGUAUGCCAAUGGGAGUUACCAAAGAAUACUAGGAAAAUCUAUUGAUGUUGCUGUUAGCCAAUCCGACACCUGUGUCGAAUCCUCUGUCAGCAGAUUUGUCAGGGAAAUAACAGAUGCUUUAAAUCACCCAGAUGUUCUGACAAGGUUCAUUAGGUUCCCAUUGACAGCUGAAGAAAGGGCCCCAAUUAUUGCAAGGAAUGAACGUCUAGGUUUACCUAGAGUCCUGGGAUUGAUAGAUGGUACUCUCGUGAGGCUAUCUCAAUUGCCUCACGAUAUUGAAAGGCAGGCAUUUUUUUCAAGAAAAGGAUUUUUAGCUCUUAAUGUUCAAGUGAUAUGUGAUAGUGAUUUGAAUAUAAUGAAUGUGGACGCCAGAUUCCCUGGCAGCUGCAACGAUACAUACGUGUGGAAUGCAUCUGCUGCGCGGCCAAUUGUGGAACAAGCAUAUUGGGAAGAUAGGUGCUGGCUUCUCGGCGAUUCCGGCUACUUCACUGCUCCAUGGCUACACACUCCUCUGCCUCAUGCUGAACGUGGCACCCCUGAAUUUUACUACACUCAAGUGCACUGCCAUUGCAGAAAUCGCGUGGAGAGGUGUAUUGGUAUUCUUAAGGGUAGAUUCAGGAUUCUUGGUUGUGACAGGUGCAUUCAUUACAAAGAUGCGGCGUUUGCAGGCAACAUUGUAAAUGCAUGUUGUGUAUUACACAAUUUUUGUAACCAGAGAGGUAUUUACCAGCCUCCACCUUUCAAUGACAUCCUAGGCAAUGACGACUAUGUUCCUGAUGAUGAUGAAAAUGACCUUCCCCUUGAUAUUGUCAUGCGUGGUAAUGCAGCCAGAGGUAGAAAGGCGCCUAGAGGGGCAAAGGCACCCACAGCUGCAAAAGCAGCUAAAGGCAAAGCUUUGAAAAGCCUGAGAGCACUGAAAGCCCCACAGGCUGUUCGACCUUUGCAAGGUUCAGUGGCCAAUGUUGCGAAAGAAAAUAAGCCGGGAAAGGCAUCAUAUGCACAGUGGAAGGCACUGAUGCUGGCCGUUAGCAAUGAUGUUGAGCUGCUGCAUGGAGAGUUCACUGGACCCCUUGGGGCUGUAUCUGUCCAGAACAAAUGGGAAGCUAUCGCUGCCACUUGCAACAGCAUUCCGGGCGGAGCUAAUAGAAAUGGAACUUUGUGGAAAAAAGGUUGGACUAAGCUGAAAGGAAUUGCCAGAAAAGCAUACGCAGAAAAAGCCAAGUACAUGGGUGGAACUGGUGGGGGACCGGCUCCUGAGUUGGUCGGGUUAGGACUGAAACCACUUCACGUUGAUGUGAUGAAACUUACUGGAAUCAAGGCAGCGGUUGGAACUGGAGCCCAAAAUCCUCUGCAGGUACCAUCAUAA